AUGGGAAACAGAACAAUGAGUCUCGCCAGCUGGGCACUGUCCCUAGCCUGGGCGGCCACGGCCGAACGACAAGUCCUCACAGACCCGGGAAUCUACGGACCCCCCUUGGAGAUUGCCCACUACUAUACCGGGCAAAUGCCGACGGGCAUCGCUGUAUCGCGCGAGAGCCGCCUCUUCUCAACCUACCCAGCAUGUCUGGAUGCAAACAAUACCAACACGAUACAGACGCCGUACAAGUUCCAAGUCGCCGAGCUCAUGCCUGAUGGCUCCGAGGUCCCCUACCCAUCUGUCGAGAUCAACACCCCCCCGGGGGGAGCGCUCAACAUGAGCACGAAUCCGCCAACGUCGGCCAACUACGCCGACUACUUUAUAGGCUGUCAGAGCGUGGUUGUCGACAACAAGAACGUGCUGUACAUUUUGGAUGCCGGCCGAGCCAUUGACCCGCAAACCUCGGUGCUGCUGAACGCGAUUCCGGGGGGACCCAAAAUCGUUUCUGUCGACUUGAGCACCAACAAAAUCAUCCGCACCUACACGUUUCCGGGAAGCGUCGUCUACGGAGAUUCCUUCCUCAACGACAUACGAGUCGACCGGACGCCGGGUCUUUCCGGGCUGAGCGGCGGCGCCGAGGAGGGCGUUGCCUACAUUACCGACUCCUCGUUCGAGGGCCGCAACGGCCUCGUCAUUCUCGACUUGACGAGCGGCGAGAGCUGGCGGCACCUGGACAAUGAUCCACGGCUACGCCCGCAGCAGCAGUUCUUGCCCUUUGUCCACGGCAGCCCCGUCAUGUUUGGAUCCUCCAGCCAGUAUACCCGAGCCACGGUGGGCAGCGACGGCAUCGCCCUGAGCGCCGAUGGCAAGGACCUCUACUUCAGCGUCAUUAGCGGACGGGAGCUUUGGUCGGUGCCGACGGCGGCCUUGCGCGCGCGCGACGCACACAGCGAGCUGCUCGUGCAGGCGAGCGUGUCGGCCAAGGGCCAAAAGGGCGUCGGGGACGGCAUGGAGACGGACAGCAAUGGCAUCAUCUACACGGGCCAUGUCGAGCAGGAGGCCAUCGUGUCCUACUCGCCCGGCAACGCGACGGUUCAGACGUUCCUGCGCGAUCCUAGGAUCAACUGGGUCGAUACCCUGAGCGUCGGCUGGGACGGCUCCUUGUACUUUACUGUGAACCAGGUCCAUCUCAUGCCCGGCUUCUACCCGGGCACUGAGCGUCGCCAGCACCCGUAUGUGCUGUUCAAGGCGCAGCUGCCUGAUGGUGGCAAAAAGGUCGGCACAUGA